CAAUUGUGCGUCUUCUCUCUCACUCUCCUAAACCCCUCUUGGUGUCUCUCUCUAUUCUUCUCUUUCUCACUCUAAAACCUUCAAUUCCAAAGCAAUCUUGGUACGCCAUACGCUUUCUACUUCGACGGGACCGAAUGAUUCAUUGCUUGGAGUUCCAGGUCUCGUAGAAUUUCUUGCAAAUUCUACCACAUUGAGGCUGAUUGGGAAACAUACCUCACAUGCGUUUUGCUUCAUCUGCACAACUGUACCUGUAGUUUUUCUGGGUUCCGUGAAAAAUGAGAGAGGGGCUGAGAUCGCGGGCGCGAUUGGGGGCGGUUUCUGGAGGCGAAGAAGUUGUUAGCAAGAGAAAAGUUGUUGUGAAGAGCGAGGCUGUUGCUAAGGAUGGUGAGGGUUUGGAGGUGCAGAACUCAACUAUUGAGAAGAAGGAUGAAGUUGCACGUGAUGUUAAAGAAGAAUGUGGCUUUGAUUUGAAUGUGAGUGCAAGUGGAGAGGUUGACUUGGAAGAGAAUGGGAGUGGUAGGGGUUGUUUUAGUGGUGGGGGUGAUACUGUAGUAGCUGAGGUAGAUAAGAAGGCAAAGAAGGAGCAAGGUUCAAAUAAUGAGGGACUGGUUGGGGGUCGAGUGUUGCGCUCAAGGUCUAAGGGGGGGAAGGAUAGAAGAGUGUAUUAUGGAGAGAAUGAGGAUGUUGUUUCUGAGAGUGAUAGAGAAUGUAGUGGGGUUGAGAGUGUGAAAGUUAAGACGGAAUGUGAAGAAGCUGGUGAGUUUUUGGGCGAUAGUUAUGAGAAUGAAAAAGCUAAGGUGAAGAAUGCAGGGAAUGGAACGGGGAAUUUGAAACGGAAGCGUGGGCGGCCUCCCAAAAUAAAGUUGGAAGUGGAAGAUCAACCAGUUCAUCAGUUGCCACGUAAGCGUGGAAGACCCCCUCUUGCCAACAAACAAAACCAUGUGGUGGUGCCUAAUAGAAAAGAAAAGGCUGCCCUUCGAAAAGAUAAAAAGGGUUUAACUAUGAGACAUGAUGCUAAUGUGAAUGCAAUUGAUGAUGCUGAUUCAAGUAAAUCUGCUGGGGAUGAGUUAGAAAAGAAGGAAGUCUCUCCUGUCAAGAAGUCUAAAUUUACUAAGGCUUUGGAAACUGGCAACAAUGUGGUGGCCUCACCAGUAAGAUCAAAAACUGAGAAUGCACUUGUCACUGAGAAAAGUGGAAGAAAUAGAGUUAAGCAGUUAGUGAGGGAUCAAAUAAAGGAAAUUCUCUCAGCUGCCGGCUGGACAGUUGACUAUAGACCUAGGAAUGGUAGAGAGUACCAUGAUGCAGUUUAUGUUAGUCUGGACGGACACACACACUGGUCAAUCACCUUGGCCUACAAAAGGCUUAAAGAGUAUUAUGAAGCUGGUAAUGGUGAAGGUAAGGCAUAUGGGCCAGGCUUCAAAUUUACACCAAUAGCAGCAGAGGAUUUCCAAAUACUCACUAAGGUAAUUAAAAAGCAAAGAAAUGGGAAAGUUAAAUCAGUAAAGAAAGGGGGAAAGGGUGGGAACAAAAACAAAGAAAGGUCAGGUUCUGGUGCAGCCGUGGGUAAGUCAGUGAAGAGGAAAAUGAAAAGGAAACGGUCACCUGGAGACAUAGAUUCUAUGUCACCGAACAGGAUGCCAGUUCUUGUGAGGGAUCAUAAGCGACACAAAACACAAAAUAAGCUGCGAAGUGGUCCAUUGGUUCGUAAUGCUAAGGAGAUAGAUUCAGAAACUGAGGGAUAUGUACUGUACAGUGGAAAAAGAACUUUGCUUGCCUGGAUGAUUGAUUUGGGCACAGUCCUUCUAAAUGGGAAGGUUCAUUAUAAGGCACCCGAAGAUAAAAGUGCUGCACUGGAGGGUAAGAUCACAGGAGACGGCAUUCAUUGUGGCUGCUGUGAUAAAAUCAUUACAAUUUCAGAAUUUGAAGUUCAUGCAGGAAGAAAAUUUGCUGAUCCCCUUCAAAAUAUAUAUGUGGAGGAAGGAAAGUCUCUUUUACAGUGUUUGCUAGAUUCGUGGAAUAAGCAAGAUGAAUCUGAACGUCAUGGUUUUCAUUUUGUUGAUGUUGCGGGUGAGGAUCCGAAUGAUGAUACUUGUGGGGUCUGUGGAGAUGGUGGAGACCUGAUAUGUUGUGAUGGUUGCCCGUCAACAUUCCAUCAAGACUGCUUGGAUAUACAAAAGUUUCCAUCUGGUGAUUGGCACUGCAUUUAUUGCUGUUGCAAAUUUUGUGGGUCAGUUAAUGGAUGUUCAGACCAAAAGGAUAGUGAUGAUGAUAUUGCUGUGUCAAAAUUACUCACGUGCCGACUAUGUGAGAAAAAAUAUCACAGAUCCUGCAUUGAGGGAAAUGAUUGCAAUACUACUGAUUACAGUGAUGUGAUCUUUUGUGGAAACAGAUGUCAAGAGUUAUCUGAGGGACUUGAAAUGCUCCUGGGGGUUAGACAUGAAAUUGAAGAUGGGUAUUCCUGGACUUUUAUUAGGCGGUCAGAGGCUGGCAUUGAUGCUUCUCAGAUAAAACCUCAUAUGGUUGAAUGUAAUUCUAAGCUCGCUGUUGCAUUAUCAAUAAUGGAUGAGUGCUUCAUGCCAUAUAUUGAUCAUAGAAGUGGGGUCAAUCUGAUCCACAGUAUUCUGUAUAACCGUGGGUAAGGUCAUCUUGCCUCUUUUAUUCACAUUCUUGUAACCACUUUUCUUCUUUGUAAUGCCUGGUUUGUUAUACCGACAACUUUUAUG